AAGACACACUCCACUAUAUAUAUAGAGGUAGGUAAACACCCUUAAACCACACCAAAACCCAAAACAAAAGCCAAUGGAGGGCACUAUCCAUAUUCUCUCAUUAUCCCUUCUCUUAAUCCUCAGCCUAGCCCAAGCAGGGGAACUAACCAACCCCAAAUGUGCCAAGUUUCACCAAGACAACAACAAAGACUCAACAACACUACAAGUCCUGCAUGUAAACAGUCCAUGUUCACCUCUUAAACAACAACAAAAGUACACAUCAUGGGUGGACAAUGUCCUCCAAAUGCAGUCCAAGGACACAAACAGGCUACAAUUCUUGGCUAGCCUUGUGGCUGGUAGAUCUUUUGUCCCUAUAGGUUCUGGUAGACAAAUUCUACAGACCCCAUCUUACAUUGUGAAGGCCAAGAUUGGAACACCACCUCAGACAUUGAUGGUGGCUUUGGAUAAUAGCAAUGAUUUUUCUUGGUUCCCUUGUAGUGGAUGUGUUGGUUGCUCAUCUACUGUUUUUGCCUCCACUAAGUCUACCACUUUCAACAAUGUUAGCUGUGAACGUGCCGUAUGCAGCUUGGUACCAAAACGGGACUGUGAUGCGGGCACUUGCACGUUCAACCUAACCUACGGUAAUUCCAACAUAGGUGGAGGCCUCUCAGUAGACACAUUUGCACUCUCUGCUGACCCAGUACCCCAAUUCAACUUUGGUUGUAUCCGAAAGGCCACUGGCAGCUCAGCUCCACCCCAGGGUCUAUUAGCUUUGGGUCGUGGCUCAUUGUCAUUUAUGUCCCAAGCUGAUAGCCUCUACAAGUCGACAUUCUCCUAUUGUUUGCCCAGUUACAAGUCUCCCAACUUUUCUGGCACACUUAGGUUGGGUCCGAAAGGCCAGCCAUUAAGGAUUAAGACAACCCCAUUGCUAAGAAACCCAAGGAGAUCAUCUUUUUACUAUGUCAAUUUGGUCGGAGUUAAAGUUGGCAAGGCAAUCGUCAAGAUCCCUCCUAGUGCUUUGGCUUUCAAUCCUAACACCGGCGCUGGCACAAUCAUUGAUUCCGGGACGGUAUUCACGAGACUAGUGGAGGCAGCAUACACAGCAGUGAGGAACGAAUUCAGGCGUCGAAUGGGUAGGAACACAACAGUGACAUCACUUGGGGGAUUCGACACCUGCUACACCGUCCCAAUUACAAUUCCAACAAUAACACUCAUGUUCGCCGGAAUGAACGUGACGCUGCCACAAGACAACUUCCUUAUAAGAAGCAGCUCAAGCACUACCACUUGCUUAGCUAUGGCUGCUUCACCUGCUGAUCCAGUGAACUCUGUACUCAACGUCAUCGCCAGCUGGCAGCAGCAGAAUCAUCGGAUUCUCUUUGAUGUCCCCAAUUCUAGGGUUGGCGUUGCUCGUGAAGCAUGUAGCUGAGAACGACUGUUGCGUACUAAUUUGGAUUUUUCUUAAUUUAAGUUAAAUGUGGACCUUCUUUGGUAUUUUUAUCUGCUUUAUGAAUUAUUAGGGGGAGAGAGUUUGGAACUAAUUUCAUAUUGUCGGUAGGUGUAUUUUGCUUUUCCAUAUAGUAUUAUUGUCUGUGUCACGGGUUUGAAAGUAAUAGUUCCUGUUUCCAGAUACUCUUGUUUCUUGGCUUCCACACCUUCAAACGAAAAAUAAAAUAGUAAAAUGAUUACUGGUC